AUGUGUCGCUGCGCGUCGACUUAUGUCGGUAAAUGGAAAAGACUCUAUGGCGAAAAUUUGUAGCAGUGUUUACAAGUCACAGACAUUAAUUUUUUGAAUGCAUUUCAAAUUGCUUUUUACAAAAAUAUCGAAUUAAGAUUAUAUUAGUUUCGAAAUAAUGUCUUUUAAUAUUAUUGAAUGGACACCCGAGCAUUUUGUUAAAAAUCAAUCAUCUUGUAAACAUAUAUUGGAAAAUUCUGGUGCAUUAAGAGAAAUCCCUUUGUUAAACAAUGCACCUUUACAUUGCUUUAAGGAUAAGCAACUUGUCAGGUUUCGUGGUAUGAUACAAGAUAUGUAUAAUCCUGAAUAUUAUUUUCAAAAAUAUGAGGUCAAAAAUAUACAGAAUGGAUACUGUGAUGUUAGAUUUGGAAUGUAUACUGAUUCAGUGUUAUCAUCGCCACAUGAAGAAAUCAUAUUUAAUUCAGAAAAAAAUAUCAGUUCUGAAAGACAGACAUGCAUUGUUAUUUCUAUACCAGGUUUAAACAAUUGGGCAAAACAUGAAGAUACAAAUAUUAAUAAUUUAAAUAGAGAUGUAAUAAAUAAUUACAAUACAAAUAAACGAAGUUUAGAAAAUAAUGAAGUUGAAGAAAUGGAUUGUUUGGAGCCAACUAGGAAGAAAGAAAAACUGUUAAUGGACGAGACAAAUGAAACAUUAAAUAAUGCUAAAAUAAAUAAAGAAAAUAAUGGUAUUUUAUCAAAGGAACAUAUUUUAAAUUUUCCAAUUCCAAUUGACAAUGGUAAAGCUUGUAUCGUAAAGAUUUAUGAUGAAACAAUACAUUUGAAGCUGAAUCAAGUUGUAGAUAUAAUAGGGUUUAUAUCACUUGAUCCAAUAUUAAGUGUUAUUAAUAACUCUGAAGAAAUGAUGGAAGAUGUUGAAAUGAACACACAUAAUCCACCAGUUUCUCUCGUACCAAGACUGCAUGCGAUACAAAUAACUGAGCUAACGAAACAUGAAAUAGAAAAUGCUCCAUUAAUUAUGUCAAAAGCACAGGCAAUAAGAGGACAUCUUCAUAUAAUUUUAAGUCAAUUGUUAUUUGGUGAUCAGUUGGCUGCCGAUUAUCUCAUCUGCCAUUUAUUGUCUUCUAUAUAUAUGAGAAAGGAUUAUCUUUGUCUUGGUACUUAUCCUUUAAACAUUACAAAUUUUUCUGUUACUAAGUGUAAGACAUUUCCUAAAAAGCUUUACGAUUUUUUAACACUAUUUGUAAAAAAGAGUCAUUUGUUGGAAGUUACAUUGGAAAAUUUAAAUGAUAUGGCUUUGAUACCAAAGAAAGAUUACGAGUGCAACAGAUUAACAAGUGGUAUACUUCAAUUAAGUGCUAAUACUCAUCUUGUAAUUGAUGAAACAGGAUUGACUAGUGGUCAAGUUUCACAGGCUGGAAGACAGAACUAUGAUGCUAUUAUGAAUUUAAUUACAUUUCAGAAAGUGCCAUACGAUUUUAAAUUUUAUACAGUGGAAUAUGAUACAGAUAUACCUGUUUUAAUUUUGUCAGAAGCAAAAUCUUUUAUACCAUGCCCGACCCAAGUUGUAUUAAAAGAAGAAUCAGAAAAUCUUUAUCUACAAGUAAUUGAAAUUGUUAAUCAAUAUUUGAAAGAUCAAAAUCGAUUGACUGAUAUUCGUCACUACCUUGAAGUUCUAAGACAUAUUGAAUUUGAAUUUAAUGAAGAUGUUACAAAUGUUAUCCAAGAUGAUUUCGUACAAAUGCGACAAACAAAUAGAAAUAUAACUGGAGAAAAUUUACAUUCUUUGAUAGUUUUAGCAAGACUGAUGUCUUUAUCUUACGGACAAAAUAGAUUAACCAUAGAUUGUUGGAAAAAAACAGUUGCGAUGGAAUUGGAAAGAAUUAACAGAUUACCGCAACGUAAUAAAUAAAUGGUAUAUUACAUAUAUUUGUAUAUUAUAAGUGAGAUAAUAUUUGUGCGUUAUUAUUAUAGACUUUUGAUAUAGCA